AAUAAAGCGGGGAGAAAGGAAAUACAACGGCAAGUAAAGGGAGCAAAAUGUUGAAUCUUCCCUUUUAUUUUAUUGCUGCAUUUGGGAGGUAAACAAAUAAUCCAUCCAUUUCAUGCAUAGAUGAUAAGCUAACCUAAUCUCAAUUUUAUAUUAAAUGGAUUCCUAUAUAUUUUUCUUUUAACUUUAAUCUCUGCUUCGAUGUUUGAUAUUUGAUUUUUUUUUUGUUUCACUUUAUAAAGAUAAUUAACAGCAAUGGCUCAAAGACUUACAUACAGACGUCGUUGUUCUUACAACACUCGUUCCAACCGUGUUCGUGCUGUCAAGACUCCUGGUGGAAAGCUUGUUUUCCAAUACCAAAAGAAGCCUGUCAAGGCUCCCCGUUGUGGUGACUGCGGUGAAACUCUUGCCGGUAUCAAAGCUCUCCGUCCUCGUGAAUUUGCCACUGUCUCCAAGACUCAAAAGCACGUUAGCCGUGCCUAUGGCGGUUCUCGUUGUGGUCAAUGCGUUAGAAACCGUAUUGUUCGUGCCUUCUUGAUUGAAGAACAAAAGAUUGUCAAGAGAGUUCUCAAGGCCCAAAAAUAA